GCUUCGCCAUGGCUGCCGGGCAGCGUGUCCUUUUGGGUGUGCGCGAUGCUGCCAUGCUGGGGCCAUGCCGGGGGGGCGGGCAGAGCCCCGCCUGGGCCACCAACAAGCUGGGAGGCGCAGCGGACUGGGUGCCUUCCGUGCAGCCGUGCUGUCCCCGCUGCGAGGAGUGCGGGCAGGCGCUGGCACAGCUGGUUCAGGUGUACUGCCCGCUGGAGCACUCCCCUUUCCACCGCGUUGCCCAUGUCUUCGCCUGCGCCAGCAAGGGCUGCAGCGGGGCAACACGUAGCUGGAAGGUUCUGCGCUCCCAAUAUUUGCAGGCAGGAGAGAAGGAAACACCAGACCAUGGCAUAAAACAGAAACAAGAAGCAAACUUUGCUGCAAAGGAUUGGUGUGAUGAAGCAGACGACUGGGGAGUCUGUGAUGGAGCAGAAUCUCCUUCAUAUGCCUCCCUUCAGCUACUUGGCUUAAAUGAAUCGGUGAGCAACUCUUUGUCCAGAGAAGUGGAGUGUGCAUCCCAGUUCCAACAGCUUCGGUUGUCUGAAGCUGCUGAUGGUUCCCUGAAUGCACCUCCGCCAGUCAGUGAGGGAGUGGUGAUGGCAAUGUCCAGUUCAGCUCCUGCGUUCCAGCCCUUUUACAUUAAUGUUGUGGAUGAGGAAGACUACACUGGUUUCCUUGACACAGAUCAUGCCGAUCAACUGUUGAAGGAGUAUCAGCAGAGAGAGGGUGUUGAUUUGGAACAGCUGAUGUCAGAAAGUUUUGCAGGUGAAGGUGGUAAUGAAAAGUAUGAGAAGAGUGAAGUCAAAAGCAGGGACCACACAUUCCAUAAAUUUAUGAAAAGAAUAUCCAUGUGUCCUGAACAGAUCCUAAGGUACUCCUGGAAUGGCCAGCCUUUAUUCAUAACAUGUCCUCCAGCCAACAUUGACAGAGGUAUUCCAGCCUGCAGCAACUGUGGAAGCAACAGAGUAUUUGAAUUUCAGCUCAUGCCGGCACUGGUCAGCAUGCUCCGGACUGAUUCAGAUCUGUCAGUGGAAUUUGGGACUGCUAUAGUUUACACGUGUGAGAGGAGCUGUUGGCCAACAAAUCAUCAAACCCCACUUGAAGAGUUUAUUUUUGUACAAGAAGACCCGGAUCAGAGAUUAUUUAAAUAAAUUGGAUUUCUCUGCAUAGAUGGAAAGUCUGUUGGGUUGGGGGUUUUUAUUGCAUGUGAAAAGUGUGUAAUUAUGCGACAGAAUUUUCCUCAUAUCUGGUGAAAAGUGAAAUUCAUUUCCUGACAUGGUGCUUAUUUCUGAGAAUAACUGAUUGCAGCGUGUUAGCAUGACUCUAAAAUGUAGUGACAGAAAACUUGCGUGCUUUGGUUACACGUGGAAAUUGAAGUGUAGAGAUUGUUUUGUGACUGUAACAUUAACAUUAGGGGAGGAAAGCAAAGGAAAAGGCAGAACUGACUGCACAAGGACAACCUGUCAGCAUCCAUCAGCCAGUUGGGCCAGUUUUUAGGAACAAUUAGCAGCAAAGAACUUAAUGUAAACUUGAUUUUCAAAACAGAUCCGCUUUGUUGUGAGCACAGGCUGGAGACGCGGUGGGCAGUGGCUGCAAGGGCCUUGCUGCUGCUGCACUCUGCCUGGGAUGAAGCUUUCCUGUGGCUUUCUGAGGAAGGAUAAGUUCUGUUCGCAGGGUUAAAUGAGCUCGGACAGUUAUGUUGAUUUGGAUGGGGGAAAGGUGGAGCGUUUUCUUAGGGCUUUUGUUCUCAGAGUUGCAAGCGUGGGGGUGGCACAGCACCUGCCUUGUCCUCGAAGGCUCAUCCUGCUGCUUCAGUUGAAAACGGUCUGAAUUCUCUGUGGAGUUCCCCGAUGGUUUAGGCUAAAUGGCAGUAUUUUAAUUGACUUAAUGGAGGAGUGAUUUAAGUGUCUUAAAGAUUUUUUUUGUGUGGGUUUACUGCUGCAGCAUGAAUUAAUGCACUGCAACUGGGAUUAAAAAAGAGGGGAGGGAAAACUAAAAUGACAGAAUGUCUGCAAAACUGCUUUUUUUUAAGGAAGAUGUAUAGCUUACUGUGUCAGCUCCUAGAGAUGAGUCAAUUUUUUGCAGAAAGGGUCAUUGGGCGCUGGCAGAGGCCGCCCGGGGAGGUGGUUGAGUCCCCAUCCCUGGAGGUAUUUAAAAGACUGGUAGAUGAGCUGCUCAGGGACAUGUUUUAGUGGCGAGAAUGGUUGGACUUGAUGGUCCAAGAGGUCUUUUCCAACCUAGUGAUUCUGUGAUUCAAUUAAUGUCGGGUAAUUAAAAAU